UAAUAGCAAGUAGAAUCAUGUUACAUUUGAUAAAUCUAAAUUGGAUGUUUGAACAGCUAUGUAUUCUUAGAAACAAACAUAUUUCAAGUGAUUGGAAACCUGUGUAUGUAAGAGCUGAUAAACUUUCAACUGAUGAUCUAAACUCCCUAAUUGCUCACGCACAUCGUCGCAUUGACCAGCUAAAUAGAGAGCUAGCGCAACAGAAAGCCAUAGAAAAACAACACAUCGCCUUAGCCUUGGAACAACAAAAGGCAGAAGAAAAGCGAGCAUUUGACGCUGCAGUGGCAAAAGCAUUAGAACGCCACAGAGAUGAAAUACAGGCCGAACAGGACAAAAAGGUAGAAGUGAAAAUCAUUGACAUAUGUGUUUCUGAUCUAGUAGCAAGUAGAAUCAUGUUACAUUUGAUAAAUCUAAAUUGGAUGUUUGAACAGCUAUGUAUUCUUAGAAACAAACAUAUUUCAAGUGAUUGGAAACCUGUGUAUGUAAGAGCUGAUAAACUUUCAACUGAUGAUCUAAACUCCCUAAUUGCUCACGCACAUCGUCGCAUUGACCAGCUAAAUAGAGAGCUAGCGCAACAGAAAGCCAUAGAAAAACAACACAUCGCCUUAGCCUUGGAACAACAAAAGGCAGAAGAAAAGCGAGCAUUUGACGCUGCAGUGGCAAAAGCAUUAGAACGCCACAGAGAUGAAAUACAGGCCGAACAGGACAAAAAGGUAGAGGAAGUCAGAGAUGCCAUGGAGAAUGAAAUGAGAACCCAGCUUCGUCGACAGGCAGCUGCCCACACUGAUCACUUACGAGAUGUUCUUAGGGUGCAAGAACAGGAACUAAAGUAUGAAUAUGACAAGGAUCUGUCUGAGAAACUCUCUGAAAAAGAAUUAGAGUUCCGUCGUCGCAGUCAAGAGCAAGUUGAUAGCUUUACUCUGGAUAUAAACACCGCCUAUGCAAGAUUAAGAGGAAUUGAGCAGGCUGUUCAGAGUCAUGCAGUUGCUGAAGAAGAAGCCAGAAAAGCCCACCAACUCUGGCUUUCAGUGGAGGCAUUAAAGUACAGUAUGAAGACCUCAUCUGCAGACAGGCGUACUAUCCCGCUGGAGAAUGCGGUAGAGGCCAUCCGAGUCAACUGUUCUGAUAAUGAAUUUGCCCAAGCUUUAACUGCAGCUCUUCCUCCAGAGUCCCUGACCCGGGGGGUGUACAGUGAAGAGACCCUAAGGGCCCGUUUCUAUGCUGUCCAAAAACUAGCCGGAAGGGUAGCAAUGAUUGAUGAAACCAGAAAUAGCUUGUACCAGUACUUUCUCUCCUACUUGCAGUCCCUGCUCCUAUUCCCGCCACAGCAACUGAAGCCACCAGCAGAACUCUGCCCUGAGGAUAUAAACACAUUUAAAUUACUGUCAUAUGCCUCUUAUUGCAUUGAGCAUGGUGACCUGGAGCUAGCAGCAAAAUUUGUCAAUCAGCUGAAAGGGGAGUCCAGACGUGUGGCCCAGGACUGGCUGAAGGAAGCCCGAAUGACCCUAGAAACUAAACAGAUAGUGGAGAUCCUGACAGCAUAUGCCAGCGCCGUAGGAUUAGGAAGCACUAAAGUACACGAAGAGUAAGGUUGAGGAAAAGAUGUGUAAUGUCUUAUUUCAUGUCAAAGGAAAUCAGCAGCAAUAUAAGGGUUUGCAACAAGGGUUCCAGAAUUGUCUAGACAUAUAAGCAGGUUACAGUCCUGUACUUAAUGUUAACACCUGUUGCAUUUAUCUUCUUUCCACUUGCUAUCAUGUCAAUGAACUCCAGGAGUGCUUUCUUUGCAACUUGUGUAACAUUUCCUGUUUUUCAGGUUUUACUGAUCAGGCUUGUGAGCCAAUCAAAAUAAUGUUUGUGAUCCCUACUAUUGAUUCUGCCCUUGGAGCAAACUGAAUAAAGCAACAUGAUGAAAACUUGAGUAC